AUGCUGCUGGCUCUGCUGCUGCUGCUGCUGCUGCCGCCGCCGCCCCCACGCCCAUGGGCUGCGCAAGGGCACCCCCUGUACAUGCGCCUGCCCCCUGGCACCCUGCAAGUUCUGUCGGCCCAGGGGACCCAGGCCUUGCAGGCUGCUCAACGGAGCGCUCAGUGGGCAGUGAGGCGCGUGGCCAUGGAGAUCCAGCACAGACUGCAUGAGUGCCCAGGACCUGGGCGCCCCAGGCCGCAAGCUCCUGUCCUCCAGGAUCCACCUGAACCAGGGCCGUGCGGCGAGAGGCGCCCGGGCACCGCCAACGUGACGCGGGCUCACGGCCGCAUAGUGGGGGGCAGCGCGGCGCCGCCCGGGUCCUGGCCCUGGCUGGUGAGACUGCAACUCGGCGGGCAGCCUCUGUGCGGCGGCGUCCUGGUGGCGGCGUCCUGGGUGCUCACGGCGGCGCACUGCUUCGCAGGCGCCCAGAACGAGCUCCUGUGGACGGUGACGCUGGCAGAGGGUCCCCGGGGGGAGCAGGCCGAGGAGGUGCCAGUGAACCGCAUCUUACCGCACCCCAAGUUUGACCCGCAGACCUUCCACAACGACCUGGCCCUGGUGCAGCUGUGGACGCCCGUGAGCCCGGCGGGGCCGGCGCGCCCUGUGUGUCUGCCCCAGGGGCCGCGGGAACCCCCCGCGGGCACCGCCUGCGCCAUCGCGGGCUGGGGAGCCCUCUUCGAAGACGGCCCGGAGGCCGAGGCGCUGAGGGAGGCCCGCGUCCCGCUGCUCAGCUCCGACACCUGCCGAAGGGCCCUGGGGCCGGCCCUGCGCCCCAGCACCAUGCUCUGUGCCGGCUACCUGGCGGGGGGCGUCGACUCGUGCCAGGGUGACUCUGGAGGGCCCCUGACCUGCUCCGAGCCUGGACCUCGCCCCAGGGAGGUCCUGUUCGGAGUCACCUCCUGGGGGGACGGCUGCGGGGAACCGGGGAAGCCCGGAGUCUACACUCGAGUGGCCGUGUUCAAGGACUGGCUGCAAGAGCAGAUGACGGCCCCCUCCGGACGCGAGCCCAGCUGCAGAGAGCUCUUGGCCUGGGACCCGCCCGAGGAGCCGCGAGCAGACGCCGUCCCGGUCUGCUCCUUCUACGGCCGCCGGUGCGCGGGGUCCGAGGGCGCCUGUGCGCGCCUGGCGCACCAGCAGUGCCUGCAGCGCAGGCGGCGAUGCGAGCUGCGCUCGCUGGCGCACACGCUGCUGGGCCUGCUGCGGGGCGCCCAGGAGCUGCUCGGGCCGCGCCCGGGGCUGCGGCGCCUGACCCCCACCUUGGCUCGCCCCGCGCCGUCGCUGCGGGAGCCUCCCCGGCACCCGGCCCGCGAGCAGCGGCUACACUCAGGAUCCUGGGCUGCGGGCGCGCGGUUCGCGAAGCGGAGGCCGGAGCAGCGCGGGGAGGCUAGCGGCUGCCCUGGGCUAGAGCCCCUGCGACAGAAGUUAGCCACCCUCCAGGACGCCCACGCCUGGAUCCUGCAGGUCCCCUCAGAGCACAUGGCCAUGAACUUCCACGAGGUGCUGGCAGAUCUGAGCUCCAAGACCUUGAGCGGCCUUUUCCGAGCGUGGGUGCGGGCCGGCUUGGGGGGCCGGCGCGUGGUUUUCAGCAGCCUGGUGGGCCUGGAGCCUGCCACACUGGCCCGCAGCCUCCCCCGGCUGCUGGUGCAGGCCCUGCAGGCCUUCCGGGCAGCUGCGCUGGCAGACAGAGGACCCAAAGCAGCCCAGGGAGGGGUCAGGUAGGGCCGGGGACUGGGGAGGAGGGGCCACCACACUCAGCCCUCAGGUGCCCAGCCUGGUGGCCAGCGAGGACCCCACCUGCCAAUGAGGACCCCAGCUGUCCUGGGGAGCCAAGAGGGGUUUGGGGACCACGAAGACAAGCCAGC